UGCCCGGGACGUUGGAGCGCAGCGCACAAUUCGCUCCGUGCGCGGAACCGCAAAGGCGACUUACGUCCAGCGUUCUUUGUGGAGUGAAAAUCACUUUCUUUUCUUUUCUUUUCUUUUGUUUUUUUUUUUUCUAUUUUACAAGUUUGUAUUACAGGAAAACGAUGAGAUUUGUGCACGUACUCGCGUGACCCAGACGCGAGUUUUUACACUUCAGCAUCGGAGAUCAGGAGCGCUGUUGCUUGAGCUCAAGACUCUUCGAGAUUAGAUCAUCGAGACGAUGUGGCGUGUGUUUAUCCCUGAGCUGGUGUGUGUGGUGGCCGCGGUGACGUGCCUGGUGCUGUUGUGGUGUCCGAGUGGAGCGGCUCUGGCCGGGUCGUGCGAGAUGGUGCGCAUCCCGCUGUGCAGCCCCAUGCCGUGGAACAUGACCAAGAUGCCCAACCACCUGCACCACAGCACGCAGGCCAACGCGGUGCUCGCCAUCGAGCAGUACGAGGCGCUGCUGGACACCGGCUGCAGCCCGGACCUGCUCUUCUUCCUCUGCGCCAUGUACGCGCCCAUCUGCACCAUCAGCUUUCAGCGCGACCCCAUCAAGCCGUGCAAGUCGGUCUGCGAACGCGCAAAGUCGGGCUGUGAGCCCGUGCUCAAGAGGUACAACCACACGUGGCCCGAGAGCCUGGCGUGUGACGAGCUGCCGGUGUACGACCGCGCGGUGUGCAUCUCACCUGAAGCCAUCGUUAAAGCCGAGCCGUCAGAUCGAUGCAGGUGCAGGUCUGUGAAACUCGGCCAAAAGACCUAUACAAAGAACAAUUACAAUUAUGUAAUACGUGCACGGGUGAAGGAGAUAAAAACACGCAGUCACGACCUCAGAGCCUUUGUGGAAGUGAAGGAGGUGCUGAAGUCUUCUCUGGUUCACAUUCCCCGUGACACAGUGACGCUGCACUACAAUUCGGGGUGUCUCUGUCCCCCACUUAUACCCAAUGAAGAGUACAUCAUCAUGGGCUAUGAAAAUGAGGAACGAUCACGAUUGCUUCUCAUUGAGGGCUCCAUCGCACAGAAGUGGAAAGACCGAGUGGGACGCAAAGUGAAGCGCUGGGAUCAGGACAUCACCAAAGGCAGGAAACAGGAACAAGAGAGACGCGUUCGUCCCUGACCUCGCUCUGACACGGACCAAACCCGACCACGCAGAAGUAUCUGAGAAAACUGAAAAAUAUUGCACUAAUAUACGUUCUUCUAAGGAGUUGUAGCAGAGAUAUUUUUAGUUGUUGCUUUGUAAGAUAAUUUUUUUAACAAUAUCUCUUUUUUUUAUUUGCCUUUGCACGAACAAAAUGUUCAUUUCAACAUUGCUGCAUAUGUGUGUGUGCGUGUGGACUUUUAUUUUGGGGGACAGGGGCUGGGUGACUUGAUUCAUGAUUGUAUUGGAAGGGAAGAUGAUGAGGAUUCAAUGUUGUGUGACUGAGCUUAGACAAGACAAGAGCAGAUGACUGUUUUCUAGAGGCAGAAAAAACGAGAAUCGGGGUUUGGACACGACGCAGCCGUACCGAAGUCUCCCUGUCGCUGGAGUAAAACACGGGACACAAACACGAGGACAAAUCUGAAAUGAAUUCUAUCAGUAACAAAGACAAUAUGUUAAGCAUUAAUGAAUUUCAUUCAUUUAAAAGCAAUAUUUCUUUUGCAUAUCGCCGUAGUUCUGGUUUUCUCACUCUUAGGCACACAUUUGAUAUUCUUGGUCAUGAACGAAUGCAUAUUAAUACAAGAAUGCCACGGUUCAUUAAAGACAGACCGUCUUUUAUAUCGUUUUUAUAUCGGACGGAUUGAUAGAAAAUGAUUUAACCGUGCUCGAACCAUCACUCAUCCUGCCUGUUAUCACAUUUAAAUCCACUAUUAAACAUAUCUGACUGGAGAACUGA